CAGGUUACAGAGAAUGCUACAUCAGCUGUCUCUCCAUUCCACAGCAAGUUCAACUUAGUUGGGCCAAGGGACUAUAAGUCAAACAUCAGAAAAGUAAAAUAUGCAAAAUCAAAGGAUGAAAAUGCAAGUGUAAGAAAUCGUCACUUAUUCUAUUCAGCCUUUUUUGAAGUCUCUCCAAAUGACAAUUUUCCCAUUGCAGUCCUCUUGCUCUUGUGACAACUGUCUAAUUUUUCUCUGUACAUGUAAUGUAUCCCAGGGAAAUUGGGUCUCCAAUAUUAACCUCUUCACUGCCAGACCUAAAGGCCACUAUCUAAGUCCAUUGACCAGUGGCCAUAUUGGAUUUUUUCUGAGACUUGUAUAAACUUAAAAACAAAAGAUUAUCUGUAUGCCUUUUUUGAUAUGGUUCAGUAAAGUUCAUUUAAAACCUUUUUGUUCAUUGUCGGAUGUCAUGGCCUCGACCACGGCCUUGAACACACGUAGUUCCACGGCCACGUCCAUAUGGGUUUUCUUGCUCGUGAUUUUCAGUCAGCUGUUCAUCACUUUCAUAUUCUUCUGUCAGUUUUCAUCGUCUGUUUCUCUACAUAGCUUAACUCCUCAUUUUCACCACUGUCGCUAUUAAACUCUCUCUCAGGAUUGGCAAAAAUUUCAUUCACAACUUUUUCACUUGUGUAGCUAAGCCAAGACACCAUUUUAAUUAAGCUAAAUGUCUGGGCUGUGAACCCUUGGUAAAGUAGUUUGCAGUAUUUCCAUUGUUGAGUAGGUACUUCCUGGCAACCGUCAUUAAGUUAACCUCCCUUUUUUGAACAACGGAACAGUGAUAGAAAUGUGUUAUUUUUGGACACAUAUAUACGUCACGGGUCAUUCAUGCCCAGGUCACACAACACAUGAUGUAUAUGUUACAGGUCAAAAUUAUAUUCAGGUUAAAAUUUUUUAAUCCACGUUGAUUCUCAAUUCCUUUGUCUCCUAGCCCAGGGGAAUCAACCUAGGUUGAAAAAAUUUUAACCUGAAUAUAAUAUUGACCUGUAGCAUGUGUAUACGUCCAUGGCAGGGAAGGGGUUAAAAGGUUGGGGAUGCUUGUCAGAGAACUUGAAUUAAAAACCCCCAAAGGAGACCAAUCUGGCCAUGGAUCAUUUGACCAGUAAAUGAGACUGAGGCCCUUCAAUCUUCCAGUAGAUAAGUUAACAAGGGGAAGGGACCUCUGUUAGCUGCCUCAGCUUUAUUUCUUCUCUUUCUCUUCCCGACUUAGGAAUGGAAAGUACAGGGGCUUUUCUCUGCUCAAAGGGUGUCAUUCCAAGGACAUACAAUUUGCUAUAAUCUUAUUUUCAGGAGAAAAGGUUCAGGAAACAGCAACAGGACUUAAACGCUUGGCAUCAAGUAUUUUGGGAAAAACACAAUGACAAAUUUACUAAGGUAAGAUGGGAAAUAAUAUUAUUACCACCUCAGCUGAAAAAAUUAUUUUUUCUUGGCUUUAAUUAAAGAAGCCACAUCAAGACUUGUGCAUGUGUGCGAUUUUAGUCAGCCUGCUGGUAAAUCCCAAGCAUCUGCCAUAUUGAAUUUUAGCAAUGUGACAGAUUUUUGUAGGCAAAUAGCCAUUUAUAGUACUUAUUCCUCCUAAGUAAUUGAUAACAUUUCUUGCAGUCAAAAAAAGCAUAUCUCAAAUUGCGAUCAAGGGAUACUGAAACAGAAACAAGUAAGUUAUGUGACUGUGAGUUUGUUGUUUUGAUUUCUGUCAGAUUGACCUUAAAUUUGCUUAGAAUGUUCUAUUAAUUUUGUAACAAUAGCCUGAGUUGCAAACACCUUUGAAAAGUAAAAUCCAUCUAACCUGUUACUACUGUUUCCAGGUAAGGAACUUGCAGAUGAUUUGUCCAAAUUUUACCGGGAUUUCUUAGAUGGAAACUACCAAGUACACUCAAAAUAUCUCAGGUAAGUAGUGGCUUUGUAAAUCAUCAGUCAUCAUGAUCAGGGAAAAUACAUACUGAUUAGAAGACUUAGUACAAAUGAGCAGUCUGAACUACUACUGCUGUUUUGAAAUUGCUUUAAGUGGUGCUACAGAUGCUGUGCUCAGUUUGUUUCAAAGGAAAACCGAAGUCAAACUUCAACGAAAUGUCAGAAUGUUAUUUUUUAAAAAUUAUGCUGAAAAAGGCAAAUACACCCCACCAGAAGAGUCUUUCCUCCGCUUGCUUGAUUUUGACGUACUCAAGAAAGACCCUGCAUGAAUUGAGUAAGAUCUUUGUUAAGCAUGUGCUGCAUGUUGGUAUAGUUAAAAGUUUUGAUCCCAGGCCUAAUAGUCAUGUGCCUGAUACAGCAGGCUCAGUUUUGACCAUUGGUUUAUCAACAAACAGAUGUUUCCACUUGAAAAAAACAGUUUGGCAAGAGAGAAAAUAAUUGACUAGUCCAGAAGUUUGGGCUGUGGUGACUUUGAAGGCUUGAUGCGAUUCAGGCAGAGCCUUUUUUCUUCCUCACUCAAAGAAAAGCAGAAGGGAGCUCUGCUCACAUGGUGGGACAAAUUAAUACAAAUUAGCAGAGCUGACUGGUAUGUGCUAAGCGGAGCACCAUAGGUAAGCAAAUUUGGUCUUCUAGCAUCCAAGAAAUGUUGGUUCUGACAAAAUCGUCUAUCCGUAUGUAUGUACAUACGUACGUCCGCUCCUUCAUGUCUGCGGAUGUGAAAUGUCUCAAUUACUGGUUUAAAAGUCUAAGGCAUAUGCAAACUGUGUUUGACUUGUUCUUGGACAUUAUUGGUAAAAUCAAUUGACAGCUGUCAAAGUUGGGAACCCAGUGACCAGUUUCACAUGACUGUAUCACAGGCUCAUUUUUAUAACUCAUUGAGGUGAAAUAUUUUUGUAAGUUCUCCGCUGACCCAUUAUGGCCGGUAUUCAAGUAUGGCAGGCUCAGAAAACUUUAUUUGACUUUUGGCCUUGGCUAAAUCUAUACAUUACCCCAAUAUUUUGAAGGGUAGGUAGUUCUGGAGCAUAAGUUUCAAGAAUGAAAUCUAUUCAAAGCUACUCAAUAUAUUAUCAAUAUACAUGUGUCUUUGUUUACAGAGCUUGGUACCACAGGAAUUUUCAGUUGUUAUGGGCAGGACUGCAAGUGUCAACUUCAAGAUUUAUUAGCAAGAUAAUUCCAUGGAAGUCAAGAUAA